AUGGUGGAAUUUUAUAAAUAUGUACUUAUAUUAGCCCUUGUGUUCUUCAUCACCGUGCAUGGCGAGGAGAAAAAAACCCAUGGUGUUACAUAUGAUUCACGGUCAUUGAUAAUCAAUGGCAGUAGAGAGCUCCUCUACUCUGGUUCAGUACAUUACCCUCGUGUACCUGUCGAGGAAUGGGAGGAUAUCCUAGACAAGUGCAAAGAUGGAGGCCUAAAUGUGAUACAAACUUAUGUGUUUUGGAGCCAGCAUGAGCCUGUUAAGGGCCAGUAUGAUUUCAAGGGCCAGAAUGAUAUUGUUAGAUUCAUCAAACUGAUUGCUGAGAGAGGCAUGUGGGUGACCCUCAGGGUUGGACCUUUUGUUCAAGCUGAAUGGAACAAUGGAGGAUAUCCAUUUUGGCUAAGAAAGGAGCCCAAUAUUGCAUACAGAACAGAUAACCAAGUGUUUAAGGCAAAUAUGGAGAAAUGGGUCAACAAGAUCAUAGGCUUAAUGAAGAAACACAAUUUAUUUGCCUCACAGGGAGGUCCUAUUAUCCUGUCUCAGGUGGAAAACGAGUAUGACACUAUCAGAGAAGCUUACAGAUUUGGUGCCGCGGAGAGAUAUAUCCGUUGGGCAGCAGACUUAGCUGUUGGACAGAAAACUGGUGUACCAUGGAUCAUGUGCAAGCAAAAAGACGCGCCUGGUGAAGUGAUCAAUGCUUGCAAUGGUAGACAUUGUGGAGAUACAUUUACAGGUCCAAAUGCACCUAACAAGCCAUCUCUGUGGACUGAAAACUGGACUGCACAGUACAGAGUUUUCGGAGAUGUACCUUCUCAGAGAUCAGCUGAGGAUACUGCCUUCGGUGUGGCACGCUGGUUCGCCAAGACAGGAAGCCACACUAACUAUUACAUGUACUAUGGUGGUACAAACUAUGGAAGAACUGCAGCAUCCUUUACUACCACUCGCUACUAUGAUGAAGCUCCACUUGAUGAAUAUGGUCUGAAAAGAGAACCUAAAUGGGGACAUUUGAGGGACUUGCACCGUGCUAUAGCGCUAAGCAAGAAGGCUAUUCUUGCAGGGAGAUAUGGUGUCAAGAAAUACGGUCCAGAUUUGGAGGCACGUUAUUUCGAGAAAGGCAACCUUUGUGCAGCUUUUCUGUGGAACAACAAAACACAUUUGUCAGAAACCAUGAAAUUUAAAGGCAUAGAGCAUACCCUCCCACCCAAAUCCAUCAGCAUCUUGCCAGACUGCAAGAAUGUUGUCUUCAAUACAGAUCAGAUGGUAAGUCAACAUAGUGCAAGAGAAUUUGUAAGGUCUGAAAGAGCCAACAAGGGUCUGAAAUGGGAGAAGACUGCUGAGCACUUGCCGACUAAGCAUGAUCUCUACGCGAGGGAUCCACAGGAACAAUUUUAUAUUGGACAGGACAAAACUGACUACUUUUGGUACACAACCAGGAUAGAUUUGGACAAUGUCGACUUGCCUUUUAAAAAAUCUCUCCAGCCAGUCUUAUGGGAAAAGCACCUUGGGCACGCGAUGCAUGCCUUUGUCAAUGGAGAAUUUGUAGGUACCAAACACGGAAUCCACAGAGAACCAAGUUUUUCUUUCCAAGCGCCCAUCAGAUUGAAGGAAGGCGUCAACAAUAUAACAAUCUUGAGCAGUGUGGUUGGAAUGCCGGAUAGUGGAAGCAAUAUGGAGAAGAGGUGGACAGGGUUGAAAAAUCUGGCUAUCUUAGGUUUAGGUACAGGAGAUCUUGAUCUGUCAUUAAAUGGAUGGCACCACAAGAUUGGUAUGGAAGGAGAGAAACAUCAGUACUUCACCGAGGAAGGCGCAAAGAAGGUGAAAUGGACCCCGGCAAAAGGACCUGGGAAACUUUUCAGUUGGUACAAGGCAUACUUUGAUGCACCAGACGGAGAUGAACCCGUGGCUAUAAGGAUGCAAAACAUGACCAAAGGAAUGAUUUGGGUAAAUGGCAAAAGCAUAGGACGUUACUGGUCGAGCUUCCUCAGUGUCAAGCAAGAGCCUUCUCAAAAAGAGUACCACAUUCCAAGAGCAUUCCUUAAGCCUAAGGACAACUUGUUGGUGAUCUUCGACGAGUCAGGAGGAAACAUAGACACAGUUCAGAUUGAAACAGUAAACCGCGACACCAUCUGCAGCUGCAUAGGGGAAGACAUGCCGCCAAAUGUCAUGGCAUGGAAAAGGGUUGAUGGGGACUUCCUUGCAGCAAUUGAGGACUUAAGGCCCAAGGCAUCACUUGAAUGCCCCAAGAACAAAGUUAUCAGCCGCGUUGAGUUUGCUAGCUUUGGUAAUCCUUACGGUGUUUGUGGUUACUUCCUCCUUGGCAACUGCAACUCCCCUGACACCCAAAAGAUUGUUGAACAGCAUUGUUUGGGACAGGUUAGAUGCAAAAUUCCAGUAGACAGGAAACUCUUCAACAAUGGCAAUGACAAGUGUGCAGGAGUAACAUCAAAAACAUUGGCCGUGCAAGUGAGAUGCAGCCUCAAGAACUAAAGCGACUCUCUUUUUGUAUUCAUUUUUUGAAAGAAAAACAAUGCCAAUCAAAGAAAUACAAUAUGUUUUUG